AUGCCACCAAAGAACAAGCGAGCCACUCAGGCCCAGAACAAUGAUGGCGAUGAGCAACCUUUCCAGGCUGUUAUCUUAACCGACAGCUACGAUGAACGUUUCCUUCCCAUAUCCCAUGAAAUGCCUCGAUGCCUUAUGCCACUUUGCAACAUUCCAUUGAUUGAGUAUACUCUCGAAGUUCUUGCAAUCGCUGAUGUGGUGGAAGUGUUUAUUGUUUGCACAUCACAUAUUGAGACAAUUAAGGCUUAUUUCGAAAACUCUUCAUGGAUGAGCCCCCAAUGCAAACUUAAUGUUCAGAUCGUACAGACUCCCGAUGCCAUGUCUGUUGGGGAUGCACUACGUGAAUUGGACGCACGCCAACUCAUUACUUCUGAUUUCAUUCUGACCAUUGGCGACCUUGUCUCUAACAUCAAACUUGAUAAAGCUCUUGAGGCACACCGGGCACGCAAGAAGACUGACAAAAACUCAAUCAUGACUAUGGUUCUCAAAGAAACUACUCGCACACAUCCCUCAAGACCCAAGGAUAAUACAGGUGUAUUUGUACUGGAUCCAAAAACAGAGCGUUGCUUGUUUUACGAGCCUGUAACCGCUUUGCCAAGAAAGGGCCGAUUUGAGAUGUCUCCCGAGAUUUUUGAGAACCGUACACAAGUAGAGUUCCGUAAUGAUUUGGUAGAUCCUCGUUUGGACAUUUGCUCCGUAGAGGUCCCUGCUUUGUUGUCCGAAAACUUUGACUGGCAGCGUCACCGAAGAGACUUCUUACAUGGUAUCUUGACAUCAGAUAUUCUUGGAAAGACGGUCUAUACUCACAUAGUAUCCGAACCUUAUGUUGCUCGUAUUGAGAAUGAGCAGCUUUAUGCUACUGUCAGCAAACACAUCCUCAACCGUUGGGCAUUCCCAGUGGUUCCUGAGACAAACCUCAAACAGGGAGAUGAUUAUGAAUUUUCUAGAGGGAAUAUCUACAAAUCCGGAAACGUCUCUCUUUCACGGUCGUGUAUGAUUGAUGAGGAUGUGCAGAUUGGGUCUGGGUCUGUUAUUGGACAAAGUACACGUAUUGCACACUCUGUUAUUGGACGUAACUGUAAUAUUGGUGAUAAUGUUGUCUUGGAAGGCGCGUUUUUGUGGGAUGGAUGUGUAAUUGAAAAGAACUGCAAAGUGACCAAGAGUAUUUUGGCCAACAAUGUCACACUAUUGGAGGGUACCACGAUCGAAAAGGGUUCACUUGUGUCAGUUGGUGUUUCACUGGGUCCUAAAGAAGAUAUCCCCAAAUACUCUAAGCUCAGUUUGGAACCUCAACCUAAGAACAGUAUCUUUGCAGAUGACAGUGACGAGGAAGAAGAAGAAGAAGACGCAUUUGACAUGGCAGAUCUUGUUCUGGAAGAUCACGAGCUGUCAGACAGUGCCUCUGAGAUUGGGGACUUCUCAGAUGUUGAGUCAGAUAGUGGCUCUAUUGGCGGUGCCUGGAACCUGGAUUCCUCUGUCACCACUGCCAAACAGUCUGCCGACUUCAAAAACGAAAUCGCGCAAACAAUUGGCAGAGCUUUGGAAGAAAACCAUUCAGUAGAUACCGCAGCACUUGAGAUUACUGGUCUUCGUAUGUCCAGCAAUGGUACAUAUACCGAAGUCAGAGAGGUGCUCAUUCCUGCUCUGAUUGAUCAUAUUGAUAUUGCCAACCCUGUCAGCAGCAUGAAGCUCGUGUUCAACAAGUGGGGUCCUUUGAUUACCAAAGUCACACACAGCCUGGACGAUCAGGCACACGUCUUAUUGACACUACAGAACUACUGUGCGUCUCGAGAUGCAUUCACAAAGCUAUUUGCGGGCGCACUUCAACUGCUGUACCAUGCUGAUGUUGUUGACGAGGAUGCUGUUAUGAAGUGGUAUACAUCUGAAGCUGCCAAAUCUGGUACACCUGCCGAAAGAAAAUUGAGGGAAAAGUCAACAGCAUUUAUUGAAUGGCUCAAUGAUGCUGAAGAAGAGUCCGACGAAGAUAGCGAUGAUGAGUAG